AUGACCGAGUUGAAAUUUUCGCUCAAAGACUGUGACGAAGUGGUCCGAAGGCGCCUGAGCCCCGACGCCACCACAGCCGACUUCGAGGCCAUCCCCCGGCACCGGGACAACUUCAUCCUCAAAAUCACCACAACCCGGGGCGACACGUGGUGUUUCUACGCCAAGUCCGGGACACAGCCGCCGAAAAUCGACCCAAUCCUCGACGAUUUCCGGGCGAAAAUCCCCAACUUCGACGCGAGUUUCACCCCAAAGCACUACUGCAGCAAACCCGGUUUGCAGAUUUUUGAGGACUUGACCUGUCAACGGUUUCAAUGCGAGUUGGAUCGCUUCACUGCCAGUCAUUUUCGCCAAGUUUUAAGUGUUUUGGCCGAGUUUCACGCCGCUGGAGUCGCUUACGAGGAAAUCACGGCGAGGAAACUGGGACAAGAAUACGAGUUGGAAAGUUUUAACUUCGAUGUGAGGGAAAUUGAAGAUGUGCUGGCAAACAAGGAAGUCGUUUCGCACGUUGUGAAGAAUUUGGAGGAGGGUUUGGGGAAAUUUCGACCGGUUUUGUGCCACGGUGAUUUGAUUUGGAGCAACGCGCUGUUUCACUACGAUAACGGGGUUCCUGAUAACUGCAAAUUGAUUAAUUUUAAGGCGAGAUUGUACGCCCCGCCUGCUUAUGAUGUUUUGCAAUUGAUUUUUUUCAAUUCGGGGGAAAAAUUCCGAAUGGAACAUUUUGAAUCAUUAUUGAUUUACUACCACACACGGCUGAAGGAAGCACUCGAGAAGUAUCAUUUAGAUAUUUGUAAAAUUCUACCACUUGAAGAUUUGCAACAAUCAACUCAUGCACUGCUUCUCUUGAUUAAAUUAGAACUCGUGCUUCGGAAUAAAGAACAGAAGAAGGGCCGAGACGAAGUGAAGGAAAUUCUCUCCUGUCCGCAAAUCUCAAGAGAGGAUUGUUUUACCAUCGUCAGAAAUAAAAUACACUCGAAUGAUUACGAUCUGCUAUCGUUUAAAUUAAUCGAUAAUGUGAAACUUAAAAUUCAAAUUCGUCGCGACUUGACAGAAGAAACUCUCCAUUUCCGCACCAAAAGUGCCGAAAACUGCGCAAGAGAAAUUUUUUUCUACAGCACUCUUAUCCCAAUUUUGCAAGAACUGGAGAUUGAAAUCAUCAACAAUUGUGCCCCAGCUUCAUACUUUCAAAGACGCAACAGUUUUAUAGUUUUUGAACAUUUAUUCAACUAUCACCCGCUACCAAAAAGCUCUCUAUCCGAUUUGAAAUUGUUAUCAAUCAUUGUUAAAAAAUUGGCCAAACUUCAUGCUUCAAGUCUGGUUUUUGAGGAAAAAAUGUCCCGGGAUUUGAAACGGACGUAUCGAGCUAGUGACGACUAUUCGGAACAUUUUGAAGAAACUAAUUUUGAAACUGCGAGUGGUUCGAUUCCUUGUGACGAAAAUUUGAAGAAGUGUUUUCCAAAAAUAGCCGAAAUUUGUGCGUCCAAUCAGUUCAGGAAAAUCAUAUCGCACGGUAAUCUCAAUUACGAUAAUGUUUUCGUCCACGAUAAAAUCGAUUGCCGAUUUGUGAAUUAUGAGAGUUUGAAAUAUGUUCCACCGGCUUACGAUUUCCUGUCGGUGGUUUACUUAGCCGAGAAGAAAUUGGAAGGAGAAUUGCGGAGGAUUUACUACGAUGAAUUGAAACAAAUUGUGGCUUCGUUUAAUUUUGAUUUGAGUAAAAUAAUAACCUGGGACGAGUUUGUCGACAGUGUUGAAAGUGUCAGACCGGUGAUUUUGGCGAAGAAGAUUCUAGAAGGUUCACGGGACUUGUUGUUGGAAUUGGAGGAAAGUUGUCAUUUUUUAUUGUCAAGAAACUAAUAAAUUGUUUUUGAUUUAA